GACCCUCUGCACCCGACGAGCCCCCCAUUUACCGCCACCCAUUUCCGGUCGGAAAUCCGGCAAAGCUUGGGGAUUCUCCCUAUUUUCUUGUUCUAGAACACCUAUUAAACCCACAAAAUCCCGGAUCUGCUCUGCUUUUCUCCCCUGUCCGCCGGCUGCUAUGUGGGUUUGAAUUUUUGGGCAUUUUUCGGGUAAGCCACAGCCAUAAACUUCAUCUUUUCAGCUUGAUUAAGGCUGGGUUUACCUUAAUUGCUCUUAUCUCCUUCAAUUUAGAGGUAGCCGUGAGCUUCCCCUGCAAUUCCCGCCGGUUUCUCCCCCAGCCAAGCUCGGUUUUUGCAGCUGGAAAAUUGUGGGUUUUGAUCGUUCUGUCACCGUAGCACUUGGGUUAGCCUUCUGUUCUGUGUGAGUAAGGAAGCGAAACCGAGAACGGGGAAACCUAGGAGAGUGACGAGUUAGAGGGCUAGUCAUCUUGUAAAGUGAACAUAGAUUGUAAAUAUAGAUCAUGAUCUUGGACUUAAAAAGAAAGGAAAUUAGGAUAAGGAUGGCUGAAUUGUUCUUUCUUUUUCUUCUUCCUUAUCCGCGUGAUCUGCUCUUCUUCUUCUUCCCGAAAGCCCCAAGCCCCCCGACAGCCUCCUCUUGAAAAACCCGUGAGAAGCUUGUGUUUUUCCCCUUGUUUUCUUGUCCGAAAACCAGAUUUGAGCUUAGAAACCUUCUCCCCUGCUGGAAAAGCCGGAUCUGCCCUGCUCUGCUUUGUCCUUCCGCCAGCUGCUCUUGAUUGUGGGUGAUUUUUGGGCCUUUUUUUCGGUAAGAACAGCCCCUAAUUCCUUUGUUUUUGCUUGAAUUGGCUUGGGUUAACUUUGAUUGCUCUUAUUUCCUUCAAUUUUGGGUAAACCCGUGAGCUUUCCCUGCAGCUUGCCGCCGGCCUCUUCCCCCCUGUAGCUCUGGUUUCUACAGCUAGAGAAUUAUGGUUCUUGAUCGUUCUGUCAGUUAGUACGUGAAUUGAGUGCUCGGUUUUAUGCAAGUAAGGUAAGUAAAAUUAUGGUAACGCCCUUUGACUUUUCAAGCAUGUUUUGAUUUGUUUUUGAAGUGGUGGCGGGACUAAACCCGUUUUACACGAGCAUGACUGAUUUGAAAUUUUAGAAGUAAAUCAUGAUCUUGUAAACCAGAGUGUAUUUGGAGAUUUAUGUUAUCGGAGUAAAUUUUAAAGAUUUGAUCUUCAGAUUUUGAUGGUAUCAGAGUGUGAAUUUGAUAAGUUCCGAGCCUUGUGCACUUGUGGGACCCGUCUCACAAGUGUACGGUGUCUGUCGCGUCUUGAAUUUGGGGUUUGGGGCGUGACAUUAAGCAACUUUGAUUGGUACGUAGUUGGUAGGGUUAGAAUAGUUCUAAAUUUCUAACAGGUUUGUUUCUCUGGUUGUGAUACGGUCCUCGCGCUAACAAUAUUCUAUU